AACAUCACAACUUUUGCCGCAAUAUUAUAAAAAAGCUGCCGUGAAUCGAGACAUUUUAGGCCGCAACAAUUACAACAAAAGUCCACGAAAUCCUGAAAGAACUGUUGUGAUGACACAAAUGAGUUAUAAGAUAAUUAUGAUCGUAGCAUCAUGGUGUGGGGGUGCACAAGUGCUACCGGCUGUUGUGGUCUAUGCACUGUGUAAAUUUGACAAUGAAUAUGGGCUUUUUGAUUUCUAAGUCUGUGUGGUGUAAAACGAGUAAAACAUCGGUACAAUAUUUGUUUCCCGAUUUUUGUAGAAAUCCUGUGCUUUUUGAGGUUACAAGGAACACUUAAAAUAUUGAUAGCAAAUUUAUAAAAUUACAAGUUGAUAAAAAAAAAAAAAAGCCUCAACACAUUUCAACUAUUGCGGCAAUUUUUUUGAAAAAGCUGCUGUGAAUUCAGGCAUUUUAGGCCGCGAUAAUCACAACAAGGCCCAAGAGGGACUGUUGCAAUGACACAAAUGGGUUACAAAAUGGCUGUUCGGCAGUUGUGGUACUCCCAUCCCCACUAUAAUCUCGAUAUAUCUGGUACAUGCUAAAUAUUUGUCUACUAUUGUCUUUAAAAAAUAAUAACUAUCAGCUCGAGACAAUCUUGAACGCAUACUUUUUGCCCCGCAGUAGGCGCGCAUGCCUCAAUGGCAUCACAUGAGGGCAAUUAACUCAACAAAGCUGCGCUCUUUCAAAAAGAAAAAAAAAAAACAAAUGACUUAAGCGUGAUCGGUGACGACUGGAGUGUUCAUUUUGUGAACAUUCCUGGACGAGAAGCAAGCAAAAAGUCACCGGCGUGGUCUUGUGAACUUUGACCUGCCAGAAAUGGAACACGCGGGGAAGAAAAGAGGCAUUGUGAUAAAAGAUGACUGGCCAGGAUACAGCCUGGACCUGUUCACCUACCCGGAGCACUAUCAUGACGACAUAGACAGCGUUUACAUUCCACACGGCGUCGUCAUGGACAGGACCGAGCGCCUGGCCCGCUACAUCAGGGACGACUUUGCAGACGACAACAUCACGGUCCUGUGCGUCCUGAAGGGCGGCUACAAGUUCUGCGCCGACCUGAUGGAGUUCAUCAAGGUGCUCGGACGCAACUCCAACAAGUACCUGGAGACCCGAGUGGAGUUCAUACGCCUCAAGAGCUACCUGAAUGACCAAUCCACAGAGGACCUGCACAUCAUCGGCAGCCGAGAUCUAUCCUUUCUGCAUGGAAAGAGUGUGCUCAUUGUUGAGGCCAUUGUUGACACAGGCAAGACAAUGAAGGCCCUUCUGAAGCAUGUGGAGACCUUUGAACCCAAGAUGGUCAAGGUCGCGGGUCUGCUGGUGAAGAGAGCUGCCAACAUGGAUGAGAACCUGACAGACUAUGUCGGAUUUGAAAUUCCGAACCGCUUUGUCGUCGGCUACGCUUUGGAUUACAACGAGUACUUCCGCGACCUGAAUCAUAUCUGCGUCAUCAGCAAGACGGGGAAGCAGAAGUACAAGGUUUGACUGACUGACAAAAACUGUACGGGUAACUUCAAUAAACGCAAAAAGUAAACGUU